UCGUUCCCAAGACAACACAACGAUAAGCCACCAAGGAGACCCACCAAUACUCAGGUUUACGAUGGUCGAUAAAUGCUUCAAAACCAUUAUUGUGCAUUAAAGCUAAUCAAAAGUUACUCCAUCCGAGGUUGUGAAAGAGUUACAGACAGUAGGAGAGCAGUUACUGAGGAGAGGGUCAACAUCAAGGAGCAGAACCAUGAGUAUGAUGUACCACCACCAGAGGUUAAUGUCUCAGCGUCAGGAGCAGCGCAGGGAGGAGGCGACCAGGCUGGUGGACCGGGACCGGCAGCUACAGGCCAGUCUGCGGGACGAGGAGGGCUUUGAGAGGAGGAGGUACCUGAGGCAGGUGCAGGAGGAACUCAAGGAAAGACAGAUGGAGAGUGCUCUGUUGAAGGCAGAGGAGGAGAGAUUAAACAGACAAAAGCAACUUGAACAAGAGGAGAGGGUGGCUAAACAUCUGGCCCGCAUCAACUAUGAGAAGCAAAGAGAAGAAAAAAUGCGGCAGUACAUUAAAGAGAACAGCUUGGAGCUUCGAGAACUGGAGGCAAAACUGAAGUCUGCAUAUCUGAACAAGGAAAGGGCUGCACAGAUUGCUGAGCAAGAAGCCAUGAGGUUUGAGACAAUGCGAGAGGAAGCAGAUUACACUCGGAGAAUGAAGGAGGAACAUGAGCGAUCAGCCACUGAGCAGCAGAAGCUGGAACAGAGGCGUCAGGAGGAGCUGCUGCAGCAUCAGAGAGAGCUGGAGCAGCAGAUGAUGGACAGGGAGCGCAAGAAACAAGAGGCUUACGAAGAGUUUCUCAAGGAGAAACUCCUGGUGGAUGAGAUUGUCAGAAAGAUUUACGAGGAGGAUCAGAUGGAGAGACAGCUGAAACUGGAGAAGAUCAGAGCCACUCAACAACACAUUGAGGAAUUCAAGAGACAGCAGGCUGAGUGGAAACGCAUGGAGCAAGAAAGGAUGGAGGCCGAGAACAGACGCAUCAUGGAGUUUGCGAAUCGUCAGCAGCAGAAGGAGGACAGCAGAAGGGCUCAGAUGAGAGUGAGAGAAGAGGAGAAACAGCAGCUUCAUAAAAUGCUGUCUGAGAAGAUCGAAAAAGAAAGGCAGCAGCGUGAAGAGAUGGAGCGUGUCCGUGAGGAGCUCUAUUUAGAGGAACAAGAAGAGGCUAACAGGCAGAGAGAGAUUGAAGAGAUGGAGAAGAAGAUCAAACAGAGGCUGAUGAUGCAGCAGACCUGCCAGCAGCAAAUGGCUUUCAAAGAAAUGCAGAGACAGGCGGAGAAAGAGCAAGAGGAGGCUUUCAGGAGAAUGAUGAUGGCCAAGUUUGCAGAGGACGAUCGAAUAGAGCAAAUGAACGCCCAAAAACGACGCAUGAAGCAGCUGGAGCACAAACGGGAGGUGGAGAAGCUGAUAGAGGACAGAAGACGGCAGCAUGAGGCUGAUAAGGAACUGGAGGCUAAAGAGAGAGCACUCGAGGAAGAGAGGGAGGCGUUACGUAGACAGAUCAUAGAAGAAGAAAGGCAACGACUUCUUAAGCGUCACGCAACAAAGUUACUUGGAUAUCUACCAAAGGGUUUGCUACGUGAAAACGACCUGGACCACUUUGACGAAGACUUCAGGAAAAACUUUCAGUCACGUCAAACUGAUUUCUUCUCUGAAGAUGGCUGGGAAGGCGACAUCUAAGUCUUGUUUCUCCAGAUUUCAUGUUUUGCCACUAGAGGGCAGUUUAUAUUUACAGCGGGUUCAUCAGCAGUUUUUAGAGACACCAAGUUCCCGUGGUAUCUCCAAGAAUAAAAACUAACUUUGCAAAUUAUGUCAUUAAUAAAUUUAUUCCACAGAUUCUUGGGUGAGAUUGCUGAAUGGGAUCAACUAAAGCUCAAUCUCGUAAUAUGAUGUUUAACCUCAAACUCUAAGCAUUUAAAACAUACAGACCAAUUCCAUAAAGCUGCUUUUAACUGACACUGAUCUUAUUUUUUUAUGAUUUCCCCCAGUCCAGAGCUUUCAUGAACUCCUCUUCUGUAAAUGACAGAAGUUUGGCAGCUUCAAAAUGCAUCUGCAGAAAAAAAAGACAAGAUUCAGAUCAUAAACUUAUUUGCAAUAUUUUAACUCAUUUCACCUUAAAGAAGAUUAAGUUACCUUUUGUCUUUUGAGAAUGUCGAUCAGCUUGAGUUGCUUCUUGAAGCCCACAAUGAGUUCAGCUUUCUGCUUUUUUAGGAUUUUGUUUUCAGCAAGUAGAUUUCCUCUACUUUGAUGUUCCUCAUUUAUCUUGUCCUUAUUUACAGAAUAAAACACAAGACUUAGGACAACAUUCCUUUGAAAACAAUUUCACUGUUUGCAACAAAAGUAGUUUUAGCUGAUGCUCAUGAACAUCCACACCUUCUUAAGUCAUUUUAUUCUGUGUUAUGCGCAGCUGUUUUCAAGAGUUCAAUGUGCAUCUUAUAACUGAGCUGUUGCACAUGUGAUCCUUCUAACCUGAGGUUUGUCGGUGUGUUAUAUUAUUGAGUUCAUAGUAUUGGAAAUGAAAGAAGGGGGUCUUAAUUGGUUAUUGGUCAUUAUCUUUUUACUCAAUAUGACCCCAAUUAACUCCCGACAUUAAAACUAAGAAACAUAAUUGAAUAAAUUCUCUAACACCA